UUUGUCAGGAAGCCGCUCCAUAGCGGAUGAGUAGUAAAUAAAGCAGUAAGUUAGAGAGUAAAGAGGGUAAAUAGAGUAAAUUUGGGCCGGAUGGGUAAAGUAGAGCUGAGUCCGCUGCGGCCGUGGGAUGAUUUCUUCCCCGGAUCUGAGCGCUUCUCUAAACCAGACUUUACUGAUCUGCAGAAAUGGAACAACAGGGUGGUCAGCAACCUGCUGUACUACCAGACCAACUACCUGCUGCUGAGCCUGCUGGUCUUUCUUAUAGUGGGGUUGAUGAACCCCUUCGGCAUGUUCACGGGUGCAGCGGUGGUGGUAUUGGUGUUCCUCGGCUCUGUGUGGGUGGGAGAGAACAAAGCCGUGAUAAAGAACUUUAAGAAGGAGAAUCCUUCAGUGUUUGUGUUCGUGGUGAUGGUGAUCAGCUACUUCCUCAUGUCUCUGUUUGGAGGUGUCAUGGUCUUAUUGAUGGGAAUAAAGCUCCCGCUGCUCCUGAUCUUCGCUCAUGCCUCGCUGCGUCUGCGCAACAUGAAGAACAAACUGGAGAACAGGAUGGAGAGCGCAGGACUGAAGAGAUCACCUAUGGGGCUUUUACUGGAAGCACUGGGCCAACAGGAGGAGAACAUUAACAAGAUCCAGGAGUUUCUGGAGAACAAAGUGAAGGAGUGAUGUGCUGUAGAUACAGAUAUGGAUCAGUACUGGAUGGUUUAUAUCUCUCCACAUUUACUGUAAAUGACAGUAUAUUGUUUCCCCUAAUCCCUGUGUGAAGUUCUCAGUCUAUGCAGUGAAGAUCCAGCUGUAGAGUUGGAUCCACUGCUGGAUCUUCUGAAGAUCUGCGAGUGAAUGCAGAUUAAAGAGGAAUUCCACUGUAAUUCCAAACGUUGUAUUAAUCUAAGAUGGUUAAUAUCUAAAACAGGGGUGUCCAAACUUUUUUUGUUGGGGGCCAGAAGGAGAAAUAUAUUUGAAGUCACGGACCACAGACUCUGUAAUAAAACAUAUAAUGAAAUAUACCACUUUAAAUAAUACUUUUUCC